AUGGAGGUCGAGGAAGCAGCCUGUCUUUGGAUGCUGUAUCGUCGCUGCCAAAGGCGAAAAAAGAAAGUGAGAAAAUAUUGGGUUCAUCCUAUUUUGCAUGAUAGGAUGACGCAUGGCAUGUUCUGGACACUCUACCCGAAACUAAGACUACAUGAAGAUAAGUUUUACAACUAUAUGAGGAUGUCUAUGAAGACAUUCGACGAGUUACUGGCUGAAAUAGAACAAGACAUCACUUCAACAAGUACCAUGAUGAGGGACUCCGUUUCACCAGAAGAAAAACUUGUGAUUACACUGAGGUACCUGGCCAGCGGUUGUUCCAUUGCAGACUUACACUAUGGAUACCGACUUGGGCAAUCUACCAUAGCAAGUAUAUUGCAACAAGUGUGUGCAGUCAUUUGGCAAAGACUGAAGACAGUGUGCUUGCCUGCAUUAACAAAAGAGAAGUGGCAAGAAAUUGUACAGGGUUUUGAAAAAUAUGCACAUUUUCCUAACUGCAUAGGUGCUAUUGACGGUAAGCACAUUAGAGUAAUCCAACCUGAUGGUACAGGCUCUAUGUACUUUAACUAUAAAGGAUUUUUCUCAAUUGUGUUGCUGGCUGUUUGUGAUGCAAAUUAUUCAUUCAUCUAUGUGGAUAUUGGUGCCUAUGGAAAGAGUAGUGAUGCAGCUGUAUUCCAUAAUUCUUCACUGUACAAGAAGCUUGUGGAAAAUACACUUGACAUUCCAGAAGCAAAACCUAUUUCUGGUAGUGACAUGUCUUUGCCUCAUGUCAUUGUUGGCGAUGAGGCAUUUGGCAUCAUGGACCUCAUCAUGAGACCCUACAGUGGAAGACACCUGACCUACAUGAAAAAGAUCUUUAAUUAUAGACUGUCACGGGCACGUCGGUAUAUCGAGUGCUCCUUUGGCAUUCUGGCUAAUAAGUGGCGUAUAUUUCAUAGGCCUCUUAAUGUUGGUAUCCCAUUUGCUGAAGCUAUAAUAAAGGCAUGUUGCAUACUGCAUAAUUAUGUAAGGGCCAGAGAUGGGUACAGAUAUGAGGACACGCUUUUUGAAGCACCCAUGGAAAGCCUGCUUGAAGGUAAUGUACCACGGGGAGGCAUGUCUGCAAACACCACAAGAGACAAGUAUGCUGAAUACUUCAUCACUGGCGGUAGAGUUGCAUGGCAGGAUGGUAAGAUUUAGAAAGAUAAUAUGCAGGUUGGUACAUAAGGUAGGAAAAAAUAUUCAAGAUGUAAAGAGCUACAAAUCUCACUCACCUACACUAGAAAUAGUGUGAAAUGCAAGGUGACAUUUGUCAAAGCAUGUCUAUAGUGUAUUAGCCUAUUCACAAUUUACUAACUUUUGUUAUGUAAAAAAAAUGUAAGAUGUAUGAUAACGGUUAAUAAAGUAACAAUAUUCAAGAUGCACCGUUUUACUAAUCUCAUUCGCCUACACAUUUGUUAGGCCUAGAAAUAGUGUAAAAUACAAGGUGACAUUUGUCAAAACAUGUAUAUAGUGCUAUUUACAGUUUAUUGACUUUUGUGAUAAAAAAAAAAUUACAAGAAGAAGAAUAACACUGGUUAAUAAAGUAUUCAUUUCACUUACCU